AUGUGGCAUCCUUUCUUUUUGACUGGAAAAAUCCCUUGUAGUGCAAGGUUCCCAUUCGACUUACAUUAAUGUUCUAGUGCUAACUUCCAGAUUCAGAAAGCUCUACAUCAUAGUGGAAUGAUCAUCAUAUUUUAAUUCCAUCAUUGGUUUGAAUUCCCAUCAAACAAAAUGAGGAACAUGAACUUGCAGAAUUAAGAAAACAUGAGUUUACGACCAUCUUAUAAUUAGAAAGUCCAGGUAUUAUUUCCUCCUUUAAUGAUAGCUUUCAAUUAGAAGGCAGAAAUAAAUAGAUCUUAAGGGAGGUUCACAAAAGUGUACUUAUACUAACUAAUUCCAAAGCCAGCUAUGA